CCCAAUAGCAGGGGCGGGGCCUGAGGCGCCCUGCGCCGGAGCUUGUGGCGUCAAUGCGCCCGCCGUGUCCAUGGAGAGAGGCUGAGGUGGCCGAGCUCCGGCCCAAGGCACCCGGGCGGCUGGACCGCGAGGAUGUCGGCUUCGUUAGUCCGGGCCACAGUCCGGGCUGUGAGCAAGAGGAAGCUGCAGCCCACCCGGGCCGCCCUCACCCUGACACCUUCAGCAGUAAACAAGAUAAAACAACUUCUUAAAGAUAAGCCUGAACACGUAGGUGUGAAAGUUGGUGUUCGAACCAGGGGUUGUAAUGGCCUUUCUUAUACUCUAGAAUAUACAAAGACAAAAGGAGAUUCUGAUGAAGAAGUUGUUCAAGAUGGAGUCAGAGUGUUCAUCGAAAAGAAAGCACAGCUAACACUUUUAGGAACAGAAAUGGACUAUGUUGAAGACAAAUUAUCCAGUGAGUUUGUGUUCAAUAACCCAAACAUCAAAGGAACGUGUGGCUGUGGAGAAAGCUUUAAUAUUUGACCCCUCAGGACUACUCUGGCAGUAAGCUCCAGGAAAGCCUGUGGAAGCCCUGGGCUUACUGAUAAAAUCAUGUGACUGUCAUGUGCUUAAGGUUUAUGAUGCAUGGCUGCCUUAUGAGGAAAAUAAAGCAAUGCAAUUUGAAAAUGAAGCCAGUAUGUUAGAUUCCAAAAGAAGUGACAUUUGUAUUCUUUUUAGGGGACAGAAAAUAAGAAGCCAUCACUCUCUUUGGGUCAUUUUUCUGAACUGUAAAGAAAAAAAAUUGUACCCUUCACUUAAUCUCCUGCAUCCUUUCUGUUGGAACCAGUUUUAUGGAAGGUGCUUGCCUGGGAGGAUUUCGGGAAACGUAUUCUUAAUAGAUGUGUUUCACUCCAUGGAUGUUUGUUGAAUGGCUUGGUGCAUUUUCAGACCAGAUUGAUGGUUCUUAAAAUUCUGAGGCAGAAAGUUCUGAUGGCUGAUAUGAGGUGCAUUGCUUUUUUUCCCAAACUUGGCACAGCCUUUCCAUGUAUUUAUUCAAAAUCUCAUUGUUGGACGCCUCGUUUGCUUACCCUUAAGUAGCACCAGCCAUUUCAUGAAAGUGUCACACAAAGACCUUGAACGCAGGUAGGAUGAUUCUGAGUAGUGGCAUCAAAAGGUAAGAAAUGCGGCACCUACUACUUUUCAUCCAUUUCUUUUGCCACCCUAAAUGUCUGCUCAAGGUGGUACCUCAAGCUGACUUAGAUCCUUUUGUUUGAAAGUUCUCUCAAACAAAACCCUGGGGAAGCAGAAGUCUUGUGUCUCCCUGUACACUGCAGAGCAGGGACUGCAUCUCCCCUUCUGUGUAGGUGACACACCAGCCUGAUGCUCUGAGGUAGGCAGUGAAGGUAAAUGGGCAGUCUGGCUUCUCUAUCUGGUUGAUGUUUCGGUAAGAUUUCUGUGUAAUUUGAUGGAGAUCAUAUUUUUAUUUUAUUUUGAGUGAGAAAAAUCUUAUUUUAAAACCCAUUUAUGUGAAGUACCAUGUCGUUUCUUCUGAACUAUGAAGCAGUGGUUUAUACUAGCAGGGAAGACAUAGCAACCCAAAAAUACCCUUUGGCAUCUAGUAGUAAUUAAUCGUAAAGAACAUAGGGGUCUUUUUCUAAAAUUCUCAAUAUGAAGACACUUCCUGGAUCCUAUGUCCAAUUGCUAAAAUUUUUAAACUUAAUAUUUUAACCUAACAUUUUGUCACCAGUUUUUCUCUAACAGUGUUCCUUUUGUCACUUAGUUACUGAUUUUCCUGGGUUUUACAUAUUAAGUGUUUUAUGAGAUGAUAUAUAGGCUUUUUCUGAAAGCUGAUUAUUAUGAAUCAAAGUAGCUGAGUUUGUCAUAUUUGCUAAAGUACCUGGCACAAAAUGUACCAAAACUUAGAGCAGUAGCUUUAUGCUCAUGAGUUUGUAUUAUUAUAAUUGUCAAUCUACUUGUAAUUUGUGCAAUACUGAAUGUAUGUAGAGAUUGAGUUGUCAAUAAAAAAAAUGUGGCCUCUUUGUAAUCUUAAAA